AUAAUAAUAAUAAUAAAAAAAUAAUGAUACAAGUGAUUGCGACCGACGAAAUUGUUAAAUAAAUGAAUUCACUCAUUUGGCGUGAACGAAACCUACGAGCCAGAUACAGUGCCAGUGCAAAGUGUAAGCCGAAACUUCGGUUUCGCGUGGAAUCGCCAAGAAUAAAUCUGGGCUAGUAACAAAAACAAAAGGAACCAGGAGUCAGAGUCUGCCAUGAGCCGUCUUCUGGAGAAGCCGAACAUUGCCAUGUCCAUUAAGUCAACGGGUAGUCAAUUAUCGAGCACAGCGGCCACCACGGCAACGGGUGCGGGCACCGCCGCUGCUGCUGCAUCCACAGACGUGGAGGAUGAGGAUGGAGCGCAUGGAGCGCAUCAAGUGACAGAAACACCCGCCAAUACAGCCAACACCAGCCCCAGCCCCAGAGUUCGAACCAAUAUCGACCAGGUGGUCAUUAGUCUGGUGUCUGGAGCGGCGGCAGGGGCUCUGGCCAAGACCGUCAUCGCACCGCUGGACCGCACAAAGAUCAACUUUCAGAUACGCAAAGAUGUUCCCUUCUCGUUUCGUGCCUCGCUGCGGUAUCUGCAGCACACCUACGCCAAUGAGGGUGUCCUGGCCCUGUGGCGCGGCAACUCCGCCACGAUGGCGAGGAUUGUGCCCUAUGCGGCCAUACAGUUCACGGCCCACGAGCAGUGGCGCAGGAUCCUGCAGGUCGACAAGGAUGGCUCCAACACAAAGUUACGUCGCUUUGUGGCCGGUUCUCUGGCGGGCAUCACUUCCCAAUCGUUGACUUAUCCUCUGGAUCUGGCACGCGCACGCAUGGCUGUCACGGACAGAUACACGGGCUACCGAACGCUGCGGCAGGUCUUUGCCAAGAUUUGGGUGGAGGAGGGACCACGCACGCUGUACCGCGGCUAUUGGGCCACAGUGCUGGGCGUCAUACCCUACGCGGGCACCUCCUUCUUCACCUACGAAACCCUCAAGCGGGAGUACCAUGAAAUGGUUGGCAAUAAUAAACCGAAUACUCUAGUAUCGCUGGCUUUUGGCGCUGCGGCUGGUGCCGCUGGCCAAACGGCGAGCUAUCCCCUGGAUAUUGUGCGACGAAGAAUGCAGACGAUGCGCGUGAACGAAGCGAACAAUGAACGCUGUCCCACCAUUCUGGAGACGCUCUCCAAGAUCUAUCGUGAGGAGGGCAUCAAGAAUGGGUUCUACAAGGGCCUCAGCAUGAAUUGGCUCAAGGGCCCCAUAGCUGUGGGCAUUAGCUUCUCCACCUAUGACCUGAUCAAAGCCUGGCUGCGGGAGUUGUCCCACUUGAAGCGUGGCCGGCUGGAGGAUUAGCAGUCGAGUCCUUCCAACCAACCACACACCAAAAAACGCAC